GAUAGAUACAAGAAGCUUCAAAGGCACGCUGAAAAGAAAAAGUCUGUACAGCUGCUCUUCGAAGAGGACAUCAUGUGUCAAAAUAAAUUUGGCAAAGGUGGAUGCCUCCCGGUUUCAUUUUGCCAGUCCUCGCCUAUACUACUUGAAAUGACAAAGUUCCGCAAAUGACAUGACGUUCAGGCUUUUUUAGAAGUUUCGUGCAUUUUAAGAAUGAUUCAACCCGGCUUUCAGAUGUCAGUCUAGAGAUUUUAGAUUAGAUGGCUAGGAGUAUGCUGUGUUUUGCACUUUUUGUGAGUUUGACAGCAAUGCUGACACCGAUUGAAGGUCCUUAUCAAAAUAGAAUAUGGAAGAUAGGAUUCAAUACAGGUGAUCUCGUGGUGGUUCCGUCGGUGGGCAACUUUGAUGCAUCUCCGUACCACUGGAUGUUCGCCGUGUCUAAUACGGAACUGGCGGGGAUCUCUGUGACAAAGAGGUCGUUCUUUAAUCGCAGGGCUCACAUCGUUAUUUUCAAUCAGGAUCUGCGGGACCAAAUUUGGAGAACAAAAGCCAGCCGAGUGCCCCACAUCCUCGGUCGACCCGACAUGAGCCGCAAAGGAGCCAUCAUCGCUAAACGACUAAGUGAUAAAAAGGUUUAUUUCAACAUACUUCGUUGUAACUGUGGGCAUUAUACCGACUACUUUGCAUACGGAAGAGUAUACGGAAUAAAAGGAAAAAUUACACACUUGCCGAUCAACAAGAGUUGUCCUCUUUAUAAUGUAAUCACCGAAGACACUGAUGUUACAUCAGAGAACUUCAAGCUAGUGGACGGGUAUGGUAGAAAGUUUGACUUGCUGCCGUACAAGGAAGAAAUGGCACCUUAGGGGACUGAACAAGAUUAAAAGAGAAAAAAAAGAGUAAAUAAUAUCAGUAAAACAAGAUAGCCACGAAUCGCAUUGCUGCAUUUAAAAAAAAGUGUGUUGCGUGCUGCACAACAGAUUGGUCCGUUCACUUCAUUCUCCGCUAGAGUAUCAAGUUUUUAGUAGGUACCAUGAGUCACGAAACGAAAAUCACGGACUGCACUGUUAAAUUAUGGACAUGAAUACUAUAUACUGUAACACUGAUUGGUCCUUAUACUUCAUUAAUGGAAAAAAAUUCAGUUUUAGCGUGACCCAGGAGUCACGACACCAUAAUCACGAACUCCACUGUUAAGUUACGAAAAUAAAUAUUACAUGCUGUACAACUGA